AUGAUUGUACCUAAUUCGUAUGACUCGAAAGAUAACGAUGUAGAAGUGCUUCCUGACUUCGUGCACAGCACGUUGUUCGAGGUGUUCAUAAGCGGCGGGCGGUCCCUGCGAUUCCAUAGGAACUCCUUCCGGUCGCUGCCCGGACUUUCGUUCGUCCGGAUAGAAGGCACCAGGUCGGUCCUGAUCGACACAAAGGCCUUCUAUAAUCUAACCUCUUCUAGUCUACUAGUCGAAAUCGAAAACUGUGAUGAUGUAACAAUUAAGACUGGUGCAUUUGAUGACAUGAAAGCCUUUAUAGAUGCAGACAUUAAAAGAGUUAAACGAGUUUCCCUAGGAAAAUGUGCAUUUAGUAAACUAAACACUUCAAAAUUUAAGUCUAUUGGGAAACUAGAAUUAUCUGAAAGCACCUUUGAAUUUAAGAAUCAAGGAAAUAUUGGAAGACACGGACCCGUCACCAGUAUUCAAUUUGAAAAUGUGAUAUUCCCAGAAAUCCCGACAGGAGCAUUUUUCUCGUCUCUAGCUUUAAUAUCGAUCAACGGCUGUAGAAUAAGCGACAUCCACGAGGGGGCUUUCAGAGCAAAUCAAAUUUCUGACAUAACCUUUUGGAACACCACCAUUGACACCAUACACAAUAGAGCGUUGACCGAUCGAACCUUGGUGAAAAAGUUCACUAUCAGCAAAUGCAACAUUGCGAAGAUACAGUCUGGGGCUGUGUUGGCUGCGUUUUUUAAUUUUACUGUGCACUAUUCGAUCAUAACAGACAUAGAAAAAGACGCAGUUCACAGCACGGCAGCAACAGUGGAAAUAAUAGGAAACGAAAUUGCAAACUUCAAAUCAGAAGCUUUCCAAUUCGUCAGUUGGAACAAAAUUUUCGUCCAAGACAACAUCAUCAAGAAUCUCGAAUCGAAUUUCAUCGUUGCACCGCCAAACAACGACAUCAAAAUGUUUUCCUUCAAAUCCAAUGAAGUUUAUAAUGCUGCUCCCAACGCGUUGUACUUCUUAUCAGAGUUAGACAAGAAGUGUGUUUAUGUGGACGAUAAUUUCUUUAACGAAUCUUGCGGGUGCGCCAUGGAAGAUUGGUUAAAAGGAAUCACGAAUGGCAGUGACAAAGUUGAGAAUUUAAUGGAGACGAGUUUUUGCAAAGUCAAUGAAUACUUGUCCAAAUGUUACACCCUACCGAUGGGUUUGUUGAAUAUGCGGAACUUUACCGAAUUGUCUUGUACCAACAAGUCCAUCAAAUGUGAACCAUAUAAUGGGGAGGUUAGGCUUGUAAACAACUCCAGCAAGAUUUUUCUUAAUGAAAACAACAACAAACAAACCUGGGUCAUCAUAAUACUGACUAUAGGGGGUCUAUUGAUAGUUAUAGCCAUGAUCUCGUUCAUCAUAAUGCUUAUUCGGGGGGGUCGCUGGUUAAAACGUAAAGGUUACUUCAGAAACAUCCACUAUAAUAAUAAUGAAACCAGUCAGGAUGAUGAAAAUACCAUGGUAACCAUGGAUUAUAACGACCCCUUGGAUAUACCGGACGAGCUUACCCUGGACUUUCUACAAAUGUUGAAAGUAAAACUGGAUGAUCCAACGACGCACCAACAAGCCUCUGAAAUGAUAGAACGCCUAUAUGAAAUGUUUGUAGUGGAUGAUAAUUAUGACAACAAUGCCAGACAAGAAGAGGCGCACCUUUACGAGGAGUUGGGAAACAUGAAUAUGUCACAGGCGCCUCCACCAUACCAAGAAAAAGACGAAAAACCUCAGAAUGAAGCCAGAAGCAUUCUGAAAUUAAUGGAGGAAAAAUUCAACCUUCCAUCAGACGAAUCGCUAAAACCUUCAAUAAAAAGCGAAUACUCCGAACCUUCUGACGCGGCAGUGCAUUUGUACUCCGAGUUAAAACAAAACAAACAAAAAAGUGAUGGUAGUCUAAACACUAUGGGUGCCAGGCCGCUGCCCAGCAAACCCGAAGAAUUUAUUGAUCCCGUCCCUUCGACCAGCGCCAAUGUUUAA